ACACAGCUUACUGUAUACAGUAGAAAGUUACUAACUAAAGAAGGAAGCAGAAAGAAUUGCCAUUUCUUUGUGUAUGCCAGCUGUGUUCAGACACACACAUUACUCAAGCACUUCCUCAAGCUAUGAUUGUUGCAGACUACAAACAAAUUUCAGACCUUGUUUUUCAGAGUUGAAUUUUAAACCGCAUUCUUGGGGUGUGAAGGAGGAGGUAAAAUUGAGUCCCAUUCAACCUUGUCCUGUAUUAACUAAUUAAAAUGCCAUGAAGUCUCCCAGCUACUAUUUGUGUGCGGGGCAACUUGAAAAACUCCCCCAGUGCUGUUUGCUGUAACUUUUUAUGGGUUUGUUGAAUGUAUUUAUUCUCUUCUAUUAACACCAGGCAGAAAGUGACUAUAAAAUACCUUCAUCUCAAGCAUUUUUGAUUCACAAGCAGGCAAGUUAAAGGCAUGCUUAUUGCAUUUAAUUCCAACCUGCCCUUGCUGUAGCUUUAUUCUUCUUCUAGGAACAACUUUCCGCUACACUUUCUCCAAUUUCUGUACAACAGAUACUUUCACCUGGAAAACCACUUUUGUAUCUCCUUAUUCCACCAAAGGGUGGGAAAAAGAUUUCUGUGGUAACAGAACUAAACCUACAAAACCAGAACAGCUAAACUUGUAAAACUCGGGCCAAUAGAAGACAUCUAUUAAAAGCACAAGCCCACAAGGAACUAAACAUAGCCUCGCUGUUCCCAUGUGUGGCUGCCUCUGUGUCAUUGCUUCCCUCCUGCAGAAGGUGGGGACACAGCCAGCUUUGUUUAUAGAAUCACAGUUCAGCCUCAAAUAACUGAGCAGGAAACUGUCCCUACCUCUGGGGCUUGUGAACUGAACUGCAGCUCGUGUGUGUGCUUCAAGGCAUCCAGAGAAAGUUUCAGCUCCUUCUAAAAAACUUUAUGAAAGUUCCAUUAUCCAUGUAACAGUCCUCGAACAUGAGCCAAAUGUGCAACCUCAGAAAAAUCAAUGAACAAAGAGAGAGUCAAGUGUACUCUGCCAAACCAAAGUGCUGCUCAGCCAAAUCUCCCGAAUGGGAAACACUGACAAAGAUACGCCUGGCAGCUGGAGCUACAGCCCCACCCCCUCCAGUAACUCAGCACAAGAACUUUGCUAAACUCCAGGAGAGUCUACAACAGGAAAAAAAAAAUCCCUUUUAAGGAAGCAUUUCAUGACAGUCAAGUCGUACAUGCCCAUUCCAUUCCCUUGGACAAAGGAAGCACAAGCUACAUACAUGGUUCUGUUCCGUUCCUUGUUCUGAGCUUCUGCACCAGCUGUUAACCAAAAAUAAACCCCAUUCCACAACCAUAUAUGAGCAACAGCCUCCUGGUGAGUGUGAGCCCCCUCCAGCACUGCUAUUACUCCACCCAGCCAAGACACUCUGCCACUGCUGCUGGGCAAUGCACAUAACCCAGCUCAACCGGGAAUGCCUUUUACAUCUCUUCUCUUUUCUGGACAAAAACAGUAGGAAAAAUCUAGCAAAAACAUGUCACAAGUUACUAGAAGUGUUUCAGGAUCCUUUACUGUGGUCUUUGUUGAACUUUCAUUCUCCUGUGGAACUAAAGAAGGAUAAUUUUCUCCUGGGACCUGCUUUAAAACACUUAUCCAUCUGCUGGUAUUCAGAGAGAGUCAAGGUGUGUAACAUUGAGGACUGGAUGAAAAACAGUCUCCAGAAAGACUUCUGUAAGAGGCAUGAGAACACUGUCAGUGAUUUUUUACUAGACGUUUGCAACAGAUGUCCAAAUCUGCUGUCUCUGACCCUCUCUGGAUGCGGCCAUGUUACAGACGACUGCAUUCUGCAGCUUCUCAAGAACUGCCCAAACCUGAAGAGCCUCAGACUGGAGAACUGUGUGCAGAUCACUGACCACACCCUGGAGGCAGUGACCCUCCACGGAGCAUCGCUGCGAACGCUCCACGUGGAUUUCUGCCGCAAUGUCACGCAAGCCGGGCUAGACAGAGUCAGGGAAAAGUGUCCUUCAGUAAUGCUGAGAGCGGAGAGAAGUGCUAACAUGAUCCCAGACAGCAAGCCAGAAAAAAAGCUGAUGCUUGAGAAAGCAUCAAGAAAAUUGGUUCAGCUUUAAAGUGGGGGUAUUUUACCUCACUGAAGUAGCAAUGAACUGUCGCUACUUCCACGGGUUCUGGUCAAGUCCAAACAAAUGUUUGUUUUGUAAAGGGAAAAGACAUGCAUCUCCUCCUGGAUGGGCUGCAGGAAAUAACUGUGAGCUCUCUGUUGUUCCUUGAAACUGGGAAACCCUGCAUUGCUGUCACAAAAUGCCAGAUCUGCUGAAAACUGCAGUUCUGGUACCCUCGUGCUGCAGGUGCGCUCACUUAGAAGAGGGAACCAGCAGCGUGUUUACUGAGGCCAAAUCAUUUGAUAGAGUUCAAUAAAUUUUAUGAACUUUAAGGAAAGUUUAACAGUAGUUUUGACACAGUGCAAUAAGUUUGUGGCAAGGUUCACUGACUGCAUGGAAGAAACGGAGUGGACUGAGGCAGGAUGAGUCACACAGGGACCUGAGAACACAAACAUUAAGGAAGAGUCUCCCACUGGGUCACGAGGUUCAGACUGGACCCUGCACUUUCAGAACUCCUUAUGUAAUGGGCAAGGGCAUAAAGCCCCAGCAGAGAGAGCCUGAGCACUGGAGGAUCACUCCCUGAAACACCUUUCUAGCAAAAGCAGAGUGCUGACCACCAGCACUUCCUCAGUGAUUACAGUGGCAGCUAAUUUACCAGGCUUUUUUAUUUAAUGAGAGAAGCAUGGAUUCAAGACACACAAAACAGAGUUUGACUCUCUGCAUGAUGUACUUACAUAAUAAAAUAUGCACCAAGUUAUUUUUUAAAGCUGACAUUAAAGGAAAUGUAAUCUGA